AGUGACGACCGUCAAGCGGUGACAACAUAUUAGCCUAGAUUACGUUUCACUACGUCUCAGUUCGGGGGUGAUCAGUCCUUGACAAUGGCUGGGGAAAUGUCUAUGAUCGGAUCGGUCAUUCUGGCUCUUUUUCUAGCUGGCUAUCUGGGCCAACAUUAUCUGCCUCCACCGAAACCAAAAGUAAUCGGCCUAGAUCUGGGGACCACUUUCUGCUCCGUGGGAGUAUUCCACCCGGGUACCGGGGAUGUGGAGGUGAUAGGGGAUGAGCAGGGGCGGAAGAGCAUCCCUAGUGCGGUGUCGUUCACCCCUACCGAAGUUCUCGCCGGUUACGAGGGUCAGGAUCUGGCCGACAACAAUCCUCAAAACACCAUCUAUGAUGCCAAGCGGUUUAUUGGAAAGAUAUUCGAACAAGAGCUCCUUGAACAGGAAAGUGCUCGCUAUCCAUUCAAGGUGAUAAAUAACAAUGGCAGUGCAGAGUUCUUGGUCUCCACCAACCAGACGUUCACAGUUACUCCCGAGUUCAUUGGUUCUCGGCUGCUGCUGAAGAUGAGGAAGAUGGCGGAGCGUCACCUGGGUGUCCCCAUCAAGAGGGCUGUUAUCUCUGUCCCUGCUGAGUUUGAUGAGAGACAGAGGAACUACACCAUCAGGGCUGCCAACCUGGCCGGACUGGACAUCUUGCGUGUGAUCAACGAGCCCACGGCUGCAGCGAUGGCGUAUGGGUUACACAAGGUGGACGUGUUCAACGUACUGGUGGUAGACCUGGGAGGAGGAACGCUGGAUGUCUCUCUGCUCAAUAAACAAGGGGGCAUGUUCCUCACCAGAGCCAUGGCAGGUAACAACAAGCUGGGGGGGCAGGACUUCAGCCAGAGGCUGCUCCAGUACACCAUGGAGAGGGUCCGCCAGCAGUACGGCGUUCGCCCCACCCUCAAAGAGGACAUCCACCGCCUCCGCCAGGCCGUGGAGAUUGCCAAACUCAACCUCACCCUGCAGCUCAGUGCCCACCUCAGGGUACCCCUGCACCUGGAGCCCCAAGGGAACUCCAAGGAACCACCACAGGGGCCCGCCAAGGACCCAAUCCCAGUCAUCUUCCAAGCAGUCAUCACCCGUGAGCUGUUUGAAGAGUUGAACGACGACCUCUUUCAGAAGGUUCUGGCACCUGUAGAGACAGUGCUGGCCGAGGGCCACCUGGGGAAGGAGGAGGUGGAUGAGAUAGUUCUGGUGGGAGGCUCCACCCGCAUCCCUAGGAUCAGGAAGCUGAUCAGUGAAUACUUUGGGAAGGAGCCCAACACCUCAGUGGACCCAGACUUGGCAGUGGUGACUGGGGUGGCCAUCCAGGCUGGCAUCAUGGGGGGCUCCUGGCCCCUACAGGUCAGCGCUAUAGAGAUCCCCAACAGACACCUCCGCAAGACCAACUUCAAUUGAUCUAGUCUAGAGAGGUGGUAAGGGACAUAAGGAUGCCACCAGACAGACACUUGCCAUAUUAAAGGAUGGUCUGCAUUUUAACUGUUAAUUGUCCUUCUCCACCACGUGUGCAAUAGUUGAUGUUAAAAUAUGAUCUUCAGCUCUAAUAAUAGAUACUGAAAUAUAUUCUCAGAGAGAAGCUGAAAUUACACCAUCACUUGUUUACUGCUGGCCCAAUGUAUUGGACCAACUGGUAGAUUGAAAUGGUGUUCAAUUCAGGGAACAACCUUUAUUUCUACAGAACUGUGACCAGCCAAUACUCUUUCAGUUAUUUAUUUAUUUCUAGUGCAUGUUUUUACUGCGUGGGGGUGGGGGGGUACAGCACAUUAGGAGAAUUUGUUUUUCAGUGGAUGACAACACGCUUGUGCCUUUUCAGAGAGCUGCUGUGGUUGUGUGGAGCUGCACUCUUAGGAUCUGUGCUUUUAGGUAACCUGAUAUGAAGAACUACCAGUCCUAUUGACUGGGGCAGUAUUCUAUUAGAGUUUUGGACCAAAUAUGUUUGCACAUAUUGUUAGUAGCUUUACAUUCAAGCAGUAGCCUAUGUUCAGCUUUGUAUUGGAUAACUGAUGAAUUGUCAAAAUAAGGGGCAUACCAACUUAAGCUAAAUAUUGCACUUUAAAAAUGAUAACUUGUUAGCCAGCAUCAUCAUUCUGGUGCAAUUGAACUAUAAGAAUCACAGAGAACACGAUCUGACAAUUAGUACUUCUAUAUUUGAGUCAUUUAGCAGACACUCUGUAUAAGAGUGAUUUACAGGAGCAAUUAGGAUUAAGCACCUUGACAAUUUUCACCUUGUCGACUCGGGGAUUCAAACCAGCGCCCUUUGGUUACUGGCCCAACGCUGUUAACCACUAAACUACCUGUAUAUAGAAGUACUUAUUGUAAGUGUCAUAAAAAGACCCAAGGCUUAUGCUGGUUGUUAGAGCCCCUGGCAUUGGUGAACAAACAUGUUGGUUAAUAAUUUACUACUAUUAGUCAAUUCUAAUUAUCUCAUGUAUGGAAUGUACAUUCCAAAAUACCAGUCUAGUCAGGGCUGAUGCAGCAGACUACUGUAUGCCCUUACCUUGUUGAUAAUGUACUGAUUGCAGUUCUCUGUAGCAAUAUGCUAUAGGAAUUGAUCAUGUUUUUGUACUGCACAUUUUGCUUAUGUUCUUCAAAGCACCCCUCUCAUAUCUGCUUGUACUACAUGCUGCUUUUCAACAAAAAAUCAUCCGAAUUUCCCUAAAUACCA